AGUCGAUACUCGGUGGUUGUCGUCGAUUGCGGUACUUGUAACACGGCACCGUUUGUUACGAAACUGCUUGGCUCAGCCGGCUCGUCUUUUCAAACAGGUCAUUAUUUAACCGUUCUUAAUCCUCAGCUGACCGCAAUGUAG